CAAUCAGCGGUGUGCCCUGAGGACUAACCACUUUCAAUCAUUUUUGUUGCAAACGUCAACCGAAAUUGAAUUUACACUUCUCUUCUUCCGAAAUACACCAGUAACUUAUUACUUAAACUAGCAGCACGUUGUCGCCGCCCCCCAGCGUCGUCGUGCUGGCCUUCUUGUCAACCACCAAAACUUGUUGCGCCCAGCGCCGACUUCUCGAAGGCUAGCUUUCUUCUUCAGCCUCUCCACUACCAACCGCUGAUCGACCGACAAAUGUCUGACUUCCAUCUCGUUGAUCCUCAAGGUUGGGAGUAUGACCUCCAGUCUGUACAUUCGGCCUACAUGGGUUACUUCCAACUGCACAGCGUCCCAUGGUACGAUCGAUCGUGGGGUCACUUAUUCGAAACAUUCGAGCAGUUCCUCACGUUUUCCUGGCCCGUGAUCACGGUGACCGAUGCGCGUACCGGGCGUGCGCACAUCGUAACCCGUCUAACGUCCAUCGGAGCAUUCCUUAAGAUGAUACGAACCAGGUUCGGCGAGACGCUCCCCCAAAUCGACAAUAUGCUCAAAGUCACGCCCUCCGAAACUGUGCAACGUCACUUACGAAACGUAAACGACUGGACCACCUACAAGAAAUUACAUGCAACACUUCCCGCCGUCGCGCUUUCCGCCUUUCGGGCACGCGUGCGUAGUGGAGACCCGCAGGCCAUACGUUCGCUAUGGGCAAGUCGGGAUAAAACCUUUCUUGCUGUUGGGUUUAUGUGGUCGGAACGGAAUAGCCAGUCGUGUUUAGAGUGGGGAUACGCCACUGUGCGGUGCGGACACCUUGACGGACUUAGGUGCUUGGCCACCUGUCCCAGGGACAAAUUACCGGUAGGUCGGAGCAGCCUCUGCGCAUGCCUUCGCACGUCGGACGCUCACGUGGAAGGCGACAGAAAAGGUCACUACGUCAUUGCCGAGUACGCGGACAAAGUUGUUAACAGGCUCAACCCCAACUACCCAUGGAUGUAUGCAUUUGGCGAGAGCCAAGUAAUCCCCAAAGCGAAACUACCUCGGAUCAUUCAGUCCGUAAUCAGUAGCCUCGUUAGCCCGGAUACGGAAACCUCGGCCAACAAUCUUGUUCUGGUCGGACAUGGUGUGCAGGUUGACAUCCAACGUCUCGAAGAGAUGAAAAUCAAACUACCGCAUAACACACUCGUGAUCGAUACCGCAACCCUUCAACGCACGUUAUCCGGUAGCACACAUAUGCCGUCCAAACACCAUUCUCCACGGCCUAACAUUGCUAUGCUUCUCCAUUCCCUCGGAAUACAGCCCCCCUGCGUGCUAAAUAACGCGGGGAAUGAUGCGUUUAUGGCGUUGUAUGCAUUCCAGCGUAUGGUGGAUCCCGAGAGCCUGGCAAAGGAUAUGGCGUCCACGACGCGACAAGGCGCGGCACACCAGGGGCUUGUGCCCUCGCCCCAGACAUCGGGGCUGCACGUGCCCAUGUCUAAUGUCUGUAGUCUUCAGGUGCACCCUUCGAUGCUUGCCAUGCGAUCGUCACAUGUCGGUGUUCCAAACGGUUUGCAUGGCAUGGUGGGUGAGGUAGAAAAACUGUCCCUAACGAGUCCUAUAUCACCUCUGUUGCUCCCUAUUGCGGAUGGGAAUGGGCACGGGCAAGUCAGCAGGGCUGGAAGCCUGCGUGGCGGAAGAGGUAGCGCGCGGGAUAGUUGUGCUUCGCCAUUGGGUAUGUCUGCUGCCGGCGAAGAGGGAUCUCGGAAAGGAAAAGGAAAGCGUGCGCAGUAAGGGGCUAUAAUGCAUAACCGUCAGUUCCGUCACAAGAACUAGAGCCAGGAGCGGUUACUAUUGGAAUAUGGAGUCAAGUAAUUUACCUCGAACUGUAUAAUUGGAUUUAGUAU